AUUCACGAAUUGACCACUCGCCUGUCGCCUCCCAUGAAUUCGCUCGCUUUCCCUGGCUGCCCGUCACCACUGACGCCCGCCUCCACCGCCCCCGGCCUCCAUCCCAUCCCAUCGCCGCGUAUAAAGAUUCGCUUCCAGCGACUAGAAGAUGCAGCUCAUCACCACCUCCGCGCUCGAAGCUCCGCCUCCUCCCGAACCCGUACCGUCGCCAUGGCAUCCGGCUUGCCUGUAAGCUCCAAGGAAGUGCUGCCGUCUCCCCUGACCUCCGCCUCCGAGCCCCCUCCCCUCUUCGAUGGCACUACCAAGUUGUACGUUGCCUAUUAUUGCCCGUUCGCGCAGCGCGCUUGGAUUGCCAGGAACUACAAGGGUUUGCAGGAUAAGAUUAAGAUUGUCGCCAUCGAUCUUGCUGACAGGCCAGCAUGGUACAAGGAGAAGGUUUAUCCAGAAAACAAGGUGCCUUCUCUGGAACACAACAACCAGGUGAAAGGAGAGAGCUUGGAUUUGGUUAAGUACAUUGACAGCAACUUCGAAGGUCCAUCGUUGCUCCCUGAGGAUCCUGCAAAGAAGCAGUUCGCUGAGGAGCUGCUUGCAUAUACUGAUGCAUUUAACAAAGCAUUAUACUCAUCUUUACUCAGCAAGGAAGAUGUGUCUGAGGAAACUGUUGCUGCUUUGGAUAAAAUAGAAGACGCCCUGGGGAAAUUUAAUGACGGCCCGUUCUUCCUUGGUCAGUUCAGUUUGGUGGACAUUGCAUAUGUACCAUUCAUCGAGAGGUUUCAGAUAUUCUAUUCCAACAUAAAAAACUAUGAUAUCACAAAGGGCAGACCCAACCUUCAGAAGUUCAUUGAGGAAGUGAACAAGAUCGAUGCAUAUACGCAGACUAAACUGGACCCAGAUUUUUUACUUGAGCAGACAAAGAAGCGGCUUGGGAUUGCUUAAAGCUUGUGACCAAGGAUGAAUCUCUCGCCAGAAGUACAAGCAUAGUAGAUUGAGACUAGUUUAGUCGUUUGUGUGCUUGAAUAAUGAUGAAUAUCACAGUUAUGGUUUUCAGUGAGGCAUGGUCUUCUAUAUUGGUUGUGCUUCUGAAAUAAAUUAGUUGUCACUAUAUAAAAGGAUCAUUUGGUAAUGUGUUGAUGUCACUGGUUGUGCUUCUGAAAAUAAACUAGUUGUCACUGUAUAAAAGGAUCAUUUGGUAAUGUGUUGAUGUCACUGUAUAUGAGUGGGUGGGGAGAGAGAGAGAGAGAGAGAGAGAGAGAAUGAUAUGCAGUGUGUUCUGUCAAAUGUUGCUGAAUUCAAUGGAUCAGUAUUCGUCUCAUUACCAAUA